AUGAAAGAUACGUCCCAGCAAGUUGACGACUUAAUCGCCAACUCGAAUCAUAUUUCAAAAUGGGUCGAGGAACAGCCAAGUGAAGACCAGGCAAGUUGGGCUCAGUCAAUUUUCACAAAACUCCUUGAAGGCGCUGCUCAACCUAGAGGAUCUUCAGGCAACUCGUGUGUGAAACUCUGUGGUUUUGUCGAACAGUCGUCAAAGUCGCACUAUCAGAGCCUGAGACUCUGGGCGUAUUCUAGAGACGUUACUAUCAAGCUCUUCAACUUUUAUGUUGAGUGGAAUGAGUCGGAUAAUCACCGUUCCAUGAAGCUUGUUCUCGAUUUGCUUCCUCAGCUCAUCAGGAGAAACCCAGACGAGCAAGCAGGCCAAGCGACCAAAGCAGCCAUCCUGGAUAAUCUGGUGUCGAUCGUAACUGGAAAGUCAUCUAAGCCUCUGGCUAAGUCUGCUAUCAAGGCAUUGGAUCACCUCCUUACCAAGGAUAUUGUUACCCUGGAUGAGAUACAGUCCAGCUAUGUCACUCUCCAACAAAAGAACAACUCGCAUGAUCCUUUGGAUGCAUGGAAAACAUUCAUUUUCGAAUUGUUCCACUGGAUGACACUUCACUUUGUCUGCCCUACGGCGGGAAGAUUUAUCGUCAGCUUAUACCGUGGUCUACGAAGCCAAGACCAACAAGAGACACAAGUUCAGCUGAGCAUCGAGACAUGGCACAAAUGGCUUCUCGAGGCCGUCAACGAGGAGCCGUCAAUUUUGGAGUCUGUUAAGAACUAUAUUUUCUUACCCCUUUUCAAGGCCGACAAGGCAGAAGCCUUGGGCUUUUUGAAGAGAAUGAACGAAAAUGAAGCAGUCUCUGCAGGAGAUGAGAUUGAUCUCAACCUCCCAGCUCUGUUACAAUUGGCUGCUCUUGAAAUUGGCAAGAAGGUCGGUUUGGUGGAAGAGCCCGCACUGGGAGAUGACAAGUCCGCAGACAGCGACUCCUCAAUUGUCCUUGAUGAAAAGGUGCUUGAAAGUGUUCUGGCUCACCCAUCUCAUGAAGUUCGAUCACUGGCUCUGUCACUACUGAUGAGCUCACCAUCCACAACACGACCAUACUCGUCAACGGCUCUUUCUCUGCUACAAAAGCAUUUGUCAACAUACUUUGCUGAUUCGGAUGCCAAGUUCCGAAACGAAGUGGCUGGCAAGGUGAGAGAUAUGUUCAAGAGAGUUCGUGGUGCUAUAUUCGUGCUCAAGAAGAGCAUCCCAAGAGCAGCUGCUCGCAAGCAAAAGGAGCAGCCAGGACAAACACAAGAGUCUCAACACAUCCUAUAUCGAACCAAUUUGAUUUCGCUCCCGGAAGCCCAGCUGGUCCACUGCCUGGAAUACCACGAGAAGUUCCUUUCCUGGUAUAUGAGCUUCUUGUGUAGCGAGUUGACGCCCACCGCGUCUUACCAACGGCACAGCGCUUCGCUCAAGGCAGUCACCUUCAUUCUUCGAAUGGAGGGAGAAAAGUCAAAGACGUGGGAGACUGCGGAUGAUCAGACACUUUUCUUCGAUCAGUUCGGUGGCUCAUGGCUCCGAGCAUUAUCUGACCUGAUCAUGGAUCCCUUUGACGAUAUUCGAAGCCAUGCAGCUACUGUGAUGAAAUGGAUCUUCUCGGACAGCCGUUACAGGAACUUCCAUCUCAUGGCUCAGCAGGACAAGAUGAGCCCCGCUGAAGAGCUUACCGAAUUGCUGAAGCGAUCUGAAGAGCUUGCCCACAAGACCGCCCGAGCUGAUCAUUCAGACGGUGUAGCUAGAGUAUCCCAGCUAUUGUACCGAUUCUCUGAGAAGGAGGAGCAACGUGUUGCUCUUCUUUCAAAGCUAAUUGGCGGUCUUGAGGGUCGGUUAGCAGUGGCUGAGAAAGACCUCGGCAGAGCAGUGCUAGACGCGCCGCUCCACGGAGAUUUUGCAUCUCUGUGCUACAUGUGGCAGGUAGUUUCAGAGCUCCAAUUCUCCGAGAGCGAGUUGCAGUCCGUACAAGCUCUUCAGGAGACUCUUGUUACUUGCUGUGAGCGGGUUUGGGCAGCUGUUCGUGACAUUCUCUGCGACGACUCGCCCGAGGGCCAUCUUCCUCAGGAGCUGGAGGAGGUUGACGGCAUCGACACAAAGGAUGUGCUAAGCUAUAGCUUCCGAUCAGUUCACGAAGCAAGUAACCUUAUGAGGAUUUUGAUUAUGUCUAUUAAGCAACGAUCUCGCCAAGGCAGAAUUUGCCCAUCUAGAGAGGCUUAUGAAAGGAUAGGAAACCUGUCCUUCACCCAACUCGCCACUCUUAGACAUCGAGGCGCUUUCACUACCGUCGCCUUGACAUUCUCAACAUGCUGCCAGCUGGUUAAGCAUUUAAACCAGGGAGAAGACGACGCUGCAAAUGGCACAACUCUGCUCGAGAAGUGGUACUCUGGUACCCUAGAAGCCAUCAAUGCUCAAGUGUCAACGACUCGACGCUCUGCUGGUAUCCCUGCCAUGAUGACAGGCGUUCUGUCCGCCAACGCUGCCAAGCCCUCUUUUGAACAAGUCAUGUCAGAACUUAUGGCAAUCGCCAGCCAAGAAGCCCGUGUUACCGAGACAGAUGGCUCAAAUCUCCCUCAAGUUCACGCAUACAACUGUUUGAAGGAGAUUUUCAAGAGCUCUUUCUUGACGUCCAUCGGAAACAAGUCUGAGAAGUUCCUACCGCAAUGUCUCGAGCUGGCAGCGAAUGGCCUCAAGUCUGAGCUCUGGGCAAUUCGAAACUGUGGCUUGAUUCUUCUUCGCAGUCUCAUUGAUUGUCUUUUUGGCUCUCACCAGAGCAAGGCUACCAUGGAGGCAGGAUGGGAUGGAAAAGCCAACCGCAUCGCUUACCACCGCUAUCCAUCUUUGCCCACGACUCUACUCCACCUCCUCAAGUCGGGCCACCAGAUGAUGGCUUCCAUUGCCGCAAGUUCAGCAGCAGCAGAGUCAGUCUUCCCAGCACUCGAUAUCAUUCGAAGAGCUGGCCCACCUGAAGUCCUUCGUGAGGAGCUUCAGGUCCAUAUUGCCAAGUACCUGGCAAGUCCUGUGUGGCACGUUCGUGAGAUUGCGGCUCGAACUCUCUGCUCCUGUCUUCUACAUGCCCAGUGGCUUGAUGCUAUUACUAGUUUGGCUGCCGCGUCUGUUCGUUCUCAAAUUGGAAAUGUCCAGAACCACGUCCAUGGUGUUCUCUUGGCACUCAAGUACACUAUUGACCGAUUGAGUGAGGUCAUGCCCGAACAACUACAGCAGGAUACACCUAAACUUUCUGGAUUCCUGAUUGAGUACUGGCGUGAGAUCCAGGUCCUUGAUUCCCCUGAAAUUCCUGCCGGAUACCUUGAAGUUGUGAACUUGGUACGAGCUCUUCCCCGGCCUGGUACUGCUGAACGUCUCCAAUUCGAGUUCCCAGCCUUCAACAGGCGGGAAGGCGCUUUACUCAGAGCACAGCGCGUGAUCCAUGAGGUACACUCUAUUGCCGAGGGCAGUGGCCAGGUUGAGGACAUCAACACCCUACUUCUCAGCAAGACUAUGGGUGUCAACACUAUAGUUGCCGGUCUCGAGACUAUCCCCAAGCUCUGGAACACCUCUCGCCUUUCUGAGCAAGAGGUAAACCAGUUCUGCAACCUCUACCAUGAUGUUUGUCUCAAGAUUGGCCCUGCAGAGCCUCGUGUUAUUGCUUUGCAAAAUCUUACCGACAUUCUCGACCAAGUUAUCAAGAGCGGAAACUUUGGUCUGGUCUCAGCAGACUUGCUUUCACAGAUCUGGAACAGUCUCCCCUUGAGCCUUAUGAACCCGGCUCUCGCAAACGCCAUUGUCAGAAUUAGUGGCUGUAUCACAGCCAUAAUGAGUAAGGCAAAGGCCACCUCUGCGGAGGGCAUCAAGAAUUGGGGCCACAUGGUCGCCGACGCUGGUAUGGAUGACAAGGAUUUCGAUACUCGUUUAGCUACUGUUGAAUCCCUUUGUUCAUUCUUCAACAGCAUUGGAACAGAGCAAUCUUGGGCUGGCGAAGAACAUCUUCCUGCCAUCCUCGCCCUCUACGAUUCCCUCAACGACGAUGACGAUGAAAUCCGCGACGCUGGAACUGCAGCUGUCAAGAGUAUUCUGGGUCAAGCCCUCGUACCCAUCGAAGCUGCCAACCGUCUCCUCUCAUGGCUUGCACAACGGUUCGGCGACAACCCCAUGUUCCGCCAGAUAAUCGUGAGUCGUAUUAUGGGCGACACCCGAUACCCACGCCCCGAGUUGAACGUCAUUCCUGUCAAGGAUCAACUACAAGAGGCGAUGAAGUUUGAUGACUCUCUUUUCGUGAUCGAAGAACAGAACCUCUUCGUUGACGAGGUCAGGGAGACACAGAGAUGGAUUUCUGUCUAUGAAAGCCUUGAGUGGGACUUGAGCGAUUCUGCUCUUGAAGCAUUAACAACGUGGACAAGCGCAGGUCUGGAAGCCACGCAAAGUCUGGCAAGUCAAGAAGAUGGACCUCUUGGUUACGGAUCAAAGCCAGAGGUCUUUGCAAUCUUGUCGCGGGUCAUCCGUGCAUCUGCUGCCUUGACAAGACAUCACGCCAAUGCCGAGUUUUGUGAGAGUAUCAACAAGUCGAGCAGCGCUCUACAUAAUGGACAGAGACACAUGUCAGGUCUGUUAUUACAGCCUCUUGAGAGGAUUACACAAGCAUAG